AUGGCAAAGACCGCUGCGAGGUCGAUUGUUAGAGAUAAGAUACCCAACGACACGUACAGUGCUGGUGAUGAUUUACUUGGUGGUGGUGUGGUGUUUGGUGGUGACAGAGGUUGGGGGGGUGGUGGGCGUGGUGGGUGUGGUGUGAAAGGGGGCAAUGGGCGGAGAGGUGGGAAUGGAGGAAACACUAGCGGUGGCGGCGGUGGUGGUGGAGGUGGACAGAGGAUUGGAUCUGGCCAAAAAAGUGGCACCGGUGGUAGUGGUGGUGGUAGCACCGAUGGUGGGGGUGGUGGUGGUGUGAUGUAA